GUCAAGAUAUAAAUUAAUUAACAAAAUCACGACGAAGCCUUUUGCAGAAUCUUUUAUAUAAGGCAUGGUUCUAUGACUCUCGAAACAAUCAAAACAAGAGAGUCAUGGCAAAGAGCAAGGUUCUUGUUGUUGGGGCUACUGGGUAUAUCGGUAAGAGAAUUGUGAAGGCAAGCAUAGACCAAGGCCAUAUAACCUACGUCCUUCAACGUCCUGAGACAGGCCUUGACAUUGAUAAGCUACAGCUGCUAUUGUCAUUUAAAAAGCAAGGAGCUCGCCUUGUUGAGGGUUCAUUUUCCGAUCAGCAAAGCCUUGUGGAGGCAGUGAAGAAGGUUGAUGUUGUCAUUUGCACCAUGUCCGGGGUGCAUUUUAAGAGCCACAACAUUUUGAUGCAGCUCAAGCUCGUGGAUGCCAUCAAAGAAGCAGGAAACGUGAAGCGUUUCUUGCCUUCGGAAUUUGGUAUGGACCCAGCAAGAAUGGAGCAUGCACUAGCACCAGGAAGAGAAACAUUUGAUCAGAAAAUGAUAGUAAGAAAGGCAAUUGAGGAUGCUAAGAUCCCCUUCACUUAUGUAUCCGCUAGCUGCUUUGCGGGUUACUUUGUUGGCAACCUCUCUCAGCUUGAGACCCUAACCCCUCCAAAAGAUAAAGUUUGUCUCUAUGGAGAUGGAAAUGUUAAGGCUGUUUAUAUGGAUGAAGAUGAUAUUGCAACAUACACAAUCAAAGCAAUAGAUGAUCCUCGAGCAUUGAACAAAACGUUGUACCUAAGGCCACCAGAAAACAUUCUCUCACAAAGACAGUUAGUUGAGAUCUGGGAGAAACUCAGUGGAAAGAAACUAGAAAAGAUCAUCAUUUCUGGAGAAGACUUCCUAGCUUCCAUGAAAGACAAGGAUUAUGCAGCAAAGGCAGGAAUGGGGCAUUUCUAUCAUAUUUGCUACGAAGGUAGUUUGACAAAUUUUGAAAUAGGAGAAGAUGGAGAAGAAGCUUCGAACCUUUAUCCAGAAGUGAAAUACACUCGCAUGGAUGAAUAUCUGAAUAUCUUUGUUUAAAAUGUAACCCACAUCCUACAGCAGCAGUAUAAUGAAUAUCUGAAAAUCUUCUUCUUGCUUGCUUUUUUUGUCCUCCUGCUCUAUUAACGUUUUGUAUCAUCAGAAUGAUAUAUAUCAAGAACAAAUUGUGUGGAAUGUUUUAAUGAAACGAUUAGUGGGCUAAUCAAUUAAUAUUA